AUGGACUUGAUACAUUUAAAAGAAAGGUUGGUAAUUUUUGGGAAUCAUCAAGUGGAAGGAUUAGAUUAUAAUCAGUCAUUUGCACCAGUGGCAAAGAUGACGGCAAUGCGUACUUUUCUAGCCGUUGUAGCAGUCAAGAAUUGCAUUGCUGAAUUCCCACUAUUCUGUCUUGGAUGCCAUGCGACGGAAAGAAGGGCUCUCCUAGAUAUCAAAUCCGCUUUGCAUGAUCCUUCAAAUCGUUUAGCCUCAUGGAAAGAAGGAAACCUAAAUGACAACUGUUGUGAUUGGCAUGGGAUUGCAUGUUCGAAUGAAUCUUUUCAUGUCACCUCCAUCGACCUUCGGAACAAAGAAAUUGAAAGAUAUAUAGCUGAAAACUCUUAUUCGAAUACCCAUAUUCGCAAACAGAUACCAAAUACUGCCCUUCAAGGUAGAAUAUCUCCUUCCCUUUUCAGCAUUAUUCACCUCGGGUAUCUUGAUCUUAGCUACAAUGAUUUUCAAGAGUCGCAAAUCCCUCAUCAGUUUUCCGGUCUAACAAAACUGAAUCAUCUUGAUCUUUCUUUCUCAAACUUUUCAGCAGUAAUUCCCACUCAAUUCACUAACAUAUCAUCUCUACAGUUCCUUGAUUUGUCUUGCUCCGAAAAACAUCAUUUUCAAUUGUCCACCUCUUGCAUUAAAUCAUCAUCUACCAAAUGGUUGAAAGGUUUAGUAAAUCUAAAGGUAUUGAGAUUGAGAGGCAUUGAUCUAUAUGAGGCGUCCAUAUCUUCACAACAGAAUUUUGGAGAACAUAUAUCCUAUCUUUCGAAUCUUAGAGAUAUUGAUCUCUCUUCUUGCAGCAUAUCUGGCCCACUUUUCGCCGUCAAUAGUUAUCACAACUUCUCACGUCUGUCAUCUCUCAAAAUGAAUUACAAUUACAAACUCGCUUCUCCAUUCAAAAUGCAGCUAGCUAAUUUGACUUCACUUUCUAUUUUUGAGUUAUCCAACUGUCAGCUGCAUGGUUCAGUUGCAAUCCCUCAUCUUCCUCAACUCAAAGUGCUUGACGUGACAUAUAAUCCAAAUCUUCAUGUCGAUCUAACCAGGAUGUUCAAACAUCAAUGGCCUAAACUUCAAAAACUUUGGAUAUCAGGAACCAAAGUAAAUGGUUCGUUUCUGCAUUUAGUUUCGAAUGUCUCGUCACUGGUGAGUCUUUCAGCCGCAUCCUGUUCAAUUCAAGGAUCUCUACCUCCAUCUUUUUAUAACCUUUCUCAACUCCAGCAUCUGACCCUCUAUAAUAACUCUAUAACAGGUGAUGUCCAUUCUUUAAUCUCCAACUUAAAAUACUUAUACCAUCUCGACUUGUCUCACAAUAAGUUCCAAGGUACCAUACCUAGUGGCAUCACAAAGCUCCAGUAUCUUGGAUUUGUUGAUCUUUCUAAAAACUCUAUCGAGGGUAAUGUUUCAUUGGCCUCUCUGAUUAAUGAAAUGAACCUAACUUCCCUAGAUUUGAGUUCAAAUAAACUAACUUUAGAUAUAGAUCAACCUUUACACAUGUACCCUAUAUUAAGGCUAGAGAGAUUAUUGUUGGGGUCGUGCAAUCUCAAACGAUUCCCUACUUCCAUAAUUUGUAAUUUGACUCAUUUGUGGUUAUUGGAGUUAUCUCAUAAUAAUUUAACUGGAGCUAUUCCUUCUUGUCUCUUCAGACUCAAAUAUCUUCAUUCCUUGGACUUGUCUCAUAAUAACUUAUCUGGGGUUAUCCCUUUUAAUCUCUCGAAAGUCAGUCUUGAUUGGAUAGAUUUGUCGAACAACAAACUUCAUGGUCCUCUUCCACUUCUACCUCAAAGAAUGGAUUUUAUUGAUAUAUCAAAUAACCAAUUCAGUGGUGAAAUUCCAAUAGAAACAGGAAAGAGGUUAAGUAGUUGUGCGGUUAUCAAUUUAUCUGGUAACAAGCUUUCAGGUCCUAGUCUGUCUUCUCUAUGUCUCACAGACCCAGGAGGUUUUGCCUCUGUUGGUUUUAUGGAUCUCUCCAAUAAUAAACUCUCGGGGAUUAUCCCUAAUAUCCUAGGGCAUUGCACGAUUCUUUAUUAUCUGAACCUUGGAAACAACAAUCUCGCUGGAAAUAUUUCAAAUGAGCUUAAACUAGCACCAGGUCUAGCAGUUCUUCAAUUAAAUGGCAACAAUCUCGAAGGUACAAUUGAUUUCAUCUCUAAACUUCAUAAUUUGGAAUUUCUCAACUUAGCGGGUAAUAAUUUUGGAGGAAGUAUACCAGCUGCCAUCGGUUCACUCAAUAACCUUAAGAUCCUUUCUUUAAGGUCAAACAGGUUGAUCGGUUCAAUCCCGGAAGAAAUUGUUCACUUGCAAAAACUCCAAAUUCUAGACUUAUCAAUAAACAAUCUUUCCAGGACAAUGCCCAGGAAGAUGGGUAACCUGAAGAGGCUUUUAAGUAGGCCAAGUAACGCACGCUUGCUCGACGUAUAUGACAUAGACUCGUUCCAAUUAGAAAUGGUGAUCAAGGGGAUCUUGGUACAGUUUGAGCACUUGUACGGUUAUAGUUCAGGAAUAGAUCUGUCAUGUAACAUUCUGAAUGGGACCAUCCCAAAAGAGAUAGGUUUGUUGAAAGGGCUUGCUGUGCUAAAUUUAUCUCAUAAUUUUUUCUCGGAUAGUAUCCCAGUGAGUGUUGGAGAUAUAUCUGGUUUAGAGUCUUUUGAUGUAAGUUACAAUAGGCUGUCCGGAUACAUUCCAGAAUCUUUAACAGGAAUCGACAAUCUAGAAUUUCUCAACUUAUCUUACAAUAAUUUGAGUGGCAUUAUACCAAGAGGAAUUCACUUCGAUACAAUGAGUUUAGAUGGUUCAUCAUUCGUUGGAAAUGAGUUGUUGUGUGGAUAUCUUCAAGAGCAUCUUUGCGAUGGUGAUGACUAUACUAGUAGCAGCGAUGAGAAUCCUAGAAAUGAAGCUGAUGAAGUUGAUCGAGAGGAUGCAAAAGAGAAAUUGUUGUUGUAUGCUAUUGUUGCCUUGGGGAUUGUGGUUGGAUUCUGGGGUUUGUUCUUUAUUUUGCUUAUGAAGAAAAAUAAAUGGUGGUUUGCAUAUUGGAGAUUGGUCGACACGGUUGCAAUUAGAAUAACAAUUUGUAUUCUUAGUAACUGA